AAUAUUACAAUGAAGUUAGCCGCAAGCAGCAUGUCAUAGCCAGUGCCUGUUGACUGGACUGAGACCAAGCCCAUUGCCAUAAUAUAAUAAAACCCAUCAAGAGAGAGUGCUCAGCUUACGAUAAACAGUCCACCAGAAACAAUAACAACAUUGACUUAGAUAUUGUAUACCUUUUUUUACAUACUCAGCCUUGUCGCGCGCGCAACUACACGUGUCAUACAUCUUAGUUUACUUCUGGGUGUGGUUGACGCAGGUUUGCUCUCACGACUUUUGUUAAUUUAUCCUCUUAAAUUAAGGAACAAGUCUCUGCCGAGUGUUGUUGAUUGUUUAAUUAAUUAAAAUGAAGCAGAGAAGUUUGGCAGGAAACGCUGGAGUCGGGGUGUUUGUCGUAGCCUUGGUGUGUGUUUGUGUUGCAUUCGGGACACCUUCAUGGCUGACAAGUGAUACCCGAAUCACAGGUGCCAGGGUUGACAAGCUGGGCCUUUGGACCCACUGCUUCAGGUCUCUGGGAAAUCCCCAGGAAGCUCCUAGUGCUCCAACGAGGUACUUUGUUGGUUGUCGCUGGGUCUAUGAUCCAUUUACUGCCGGCUACUCUGACAUCAGAGGUUUUCUUUUACCUCCAUUCAUGGUAGCGACACAGUUCUUUUUCUCAGUGUGCUUCUUUGGAGUGUUGAUAUCAUUUUUCUUGAUACUCCUCUUCACACUUUGCUGUGAUCCAGAACAAAAGAACUACGUACUAUUGAUCCAAGUUAUUGGGUACUUGUUACUUGUCGCUGGAAUCUGCGGGUGUAUUGCCGUGAUAAUAUUCGCCUGCUUGGGCAACGGCGAGGGCUGGAUGCCAGGCCAUGAAAAUAAUUUCCUCGGCUGGUCCUUCAUUAUUGGAGUCAUUGGAAGUGUCUUGACUAUUAUUGCGGCUAUUUUGUUCCUGGUGGAAGCUGAUGUUCAGAAGAAAAAAUUGCAGUAUUUCAAAGAAUCACAGACGCGGUUCCAAAUGGCCACUCCGACCGCGUAAAAUGUUCAUAAAAUUCUCAAAUUAUUAUUAAUGAUCAUUUUUUUGAUAGCUUUUAUUAUUAUUAUUAUUAUUAUUAAUAUUAUUGUUAGUGUUAGUGGUUAGAUAUUUUAAAAAUAACGAAGAUAAUUAGCUAAACGCGAAAAAAUCUCUGAAAGAAUCCGUCCUUGAGAGUACAAAGACACCGUCCAUUAUAUAUUAGGUAUAUAAAUACAUGCUUUAAAUGUGAAUAUAUUUUAUAAAAUUAUUCACCUUAAAAAUGUACUACGUAAUUAAGAAAAAUUUUAAUUACCUAUGGUAGUUUACUUUUUACAAGUAAAAUCAUUUUUUUUAUUCAUUUUUGUAACAUAUCAAAGUUAGAAUAAAUAAAAUUAUUAAGCCAA